UCACCUUCUUCAUUCCCCCACUUUUCUCGCCCAUCAUGGCACCCCUCAUCGCUUCGCAGGAGGAACUCCAACGCAGACGGAUUGUCGACAUCAAUCCCGAAACCGUCUCCAACUUCGCCUCGACAGAUUUCCCCGGUCACUGGCCUGGCGAGUCGCACGAAUGGAACUUGCAAAAAUUCCGUGAUAACUUCAACGUCGAGUUCCACCGGAACGAGCAAUUCGAAGCUUCCUUCUCGCUGGUUGGCGUCGACGCCUCGAUCGCCAAUGCCUUCCGCCGCAUCCUCAUGGCUGAAGUGCCCAGCAUCGCCAUCGAAUUCGUCUUCGUCCACAACAACACCUCCGUCAUCCAGGACGAGGUGCUCGCGCAGCGGCUGGGUCUGAUCCCCCUCAAGGGCUCCGUGGAGGGCAUCAACUGGAUGCGGUGGUUCAAGAAGCCGACCGAGGACGACCCGGAGGGCGGCAGCACCCCGAGCGACUUCAACACCAUCGUCCUGCGCCUGGAUGUCAAGUGUGAGAAGAACCCCCACGCGGCCGACGGGGAGGACGACCCCCGCAAGCUCUACAAGCACGCCCACGUCUACGCCCGGGACAUCACCUUCCACCCGGUCGGUCGGCAGGACCAGUUCUUCGUGGACGACGCCGCCAUUCAGCCCGUCAACCCGGACAUCCUGAUCGCCAAGCUGCGCCCCGGCCAGAAGAUCGACAUGGAGCUGCACGUCAUCAAGGGCAUCGGCGCCGACCACGCCAAGUUUUCCCCCGUCGCGACCGCCUCGUACCGUCUCCUGCCCGACAUCAAGAUCCUGCGCCCCAUCGUCGGCGAGGAUGCGCGCAAGUUCGUCAAGUGCUUCCCCGCCGGGGUCAUCGGCCUGGAGCAGGUCACCCGCGAGGAGGCUUCGCAGAAGGGAAGCGGGUACGAGGGUCACGAGGGCGAGAUGAAGGCCGUCGUGCGCGAUGCCUUCAAGGACACCGUCAGCCGCGAAUGUCUCAGGCACGAAGAGUUCCAGGGCAAGGUGAAGCUCGGUCGCGUCCGUGAUCACUUCAUCUUCAACGUGGAGAGCGUGGGCCAGUUCGACAGCGACGUGCUGUUCCUGGAGAGCGUGAAGGUGCUGAAGCUGAAAUGCGCGAGAUGGAAGCGGGGUCUCGUUGACCUGGCGCGCUAAAUUCGGCCGUUCCUCGUUGCCGUUCCUCCCCCCACCUAAAAUGAUUUGAAGCUAUAUAAUGCAUUGGCCAGGCGUUGGAUUUCUCCUUUUUUGUUCUUGUCUUGUGCUUUCUUAUUUCUGCGUUUGUACAUUUUACGAAAAAGGUUGGUUCACACAAACCUUCUUUACAACUUGCCGGGAGUCCGGACAGGGAAAC